AAAAAACUAUUAUCUAAGCCAAGGACCUCAUGGUAUAGGGUGGGGCUAACUGGUGCUAAGGGCGGAGCUCAAAAUAAAGUUACUGCAAAGAGGUCUAUAAGAAAACGAAUUAGUCGGAGACAAAUGCAUUGUGUUAAACAAAAGCCUGCUGGCAUUUUGCACUGCUCCAGCAAGAUACAACUAUUCCUUUUGAAAACCAACAUAAGUCUUUGGAAUCAAAGAAAAGAGACGAGGAACUACUUUAACUGACAGAAAACUCUCGGCCUCUAAUCCACCCAUUCUCUCCAGCGUCUUGCAGAUGAUGGUGUGAUUGGGUUUGGCUUCUUCCAUUCUCUACCCAGCACAUCUCUGGUUUCAAACCCUCAACACACCACACCUCCCUAAUGUCAGAGGAUUCAGACCCUGGGUGCAGCUCCAUGCCCAGGGGGGCCUCCUCGUGCAGCUCCAUGCCCAGGGGGGCCCCCUCGUGCAGCUCCAUGGCUCAGCUCCAUCGUAUGAGCAGCUACGGCCAGGGUGGUCCAGACCUGGGACUUGCCUCAGAGGGCAGUGACAGCAUCCGGCGUAAGAACGUCCGCUCACGUUCCCGCCACGACGACGUGGAGAUGAAGAGCAGUGGAUCCAGCGGGAGCGAGACCGAGUCACACGGCAACGAGAGCCACGGAAGCCAUGGAAACGAGAGCCAUGGCAACGAGAGUCAUGGUAACGAGUCGACAGGUAGCUCCAACGGCAACAGCAAGGACUCCGCCCUCCUGGAGUCGUCUGGGAGUAGCAAGAGCCCCUCUCCUCCCAGUAGUUCCAAUGCCUUCAGCCUGCUGGAUUCUGAGCAGGACAACCCCUCCACCAGCGGCUGCAGUAGUGAGGAGUCCGCUAAGACCAAGACCCAGAAGGAGCUGCUCAGGACCGCCAAGCAGCUCAGACAUCUCCUGCCUGCUGACAAGAGGAACAAAGGCAACAAGUCCAGCUCCCUAAACACCCUGAAAUACGCACUGCGCUGCGUCAAACAGGUGGAAGCCAAUGAGGAGUACUACCAGCUGCUGAUGACCAAUGACAGUCAGCCAUCAGGCCUGGAAGUGUCCUCUUACACCAUCGAGGAGAUAGACAGCAUCACCUCAGAGUACACCCUCAAAAACAAUGACAUCUUUGCUGUAGCUGUAUCUCUGAUCACGGGAAAUAUUGUCUACAUCUCAGACCAGGCCGCCUCCAUCCUCAACUGUAAACGGGGCAUCUUCAAGGAUGCCAAGUUUGUGGAGUUCUUGACUCCCCAGGACGUUAGUGUUUUCUACAGCUUCACCACGCGCUACCGCCUGCCCUCCUGGAGCAUGUGCACCGGAGCAGAGUCAUCCCGGUCGGACUGCAUGCAGGAAAAAUCGUUCUUCUGUCGGAUCAGUGGGGGUAAGGAGUGUGAGGGGGACCUGCAGUACUACCCAUUCUGUAUGACCCCCUACCUGAUGAAGGUGCAGGAUAAGGUCCAUUCUGAGGACCAGUUCUGCUGCCUCCUACUGGCUGAGAAGGUGCACUCCGGAUACGAGGCUCCCAGAAUCCCUAGUGACAAGCGCAUCUUCACCACCACACACACUCCUAGCUGUGUGUUCCAGGAUGUGGAUGAGAGAGCUGUUCCACUUCUUGGGUACUUCCCCCAGGAUCUGAUUGGCACCCCAGUCCUUCUUCUCAUGCAUCCCGAUGACAGGCCUGUCAUGUUGGCCAUUCACAAGAAGAUCCUUCAGUACGCUGGCCAGCCGUUCGACCACUCCCCCAUCAGGUUCUGCACGCGGAACGGAGAGUACGUCAUCGUCGACACCAGCUGGUCCAGCUUCGUCAACCCCUGGAGCCGCAAGGUCUCCUUCGUUAUCGGGAGGCACAAAGUCCGCAUAGGCCCGGUGAAUGAGGAUGUGUUUGUGUCCCCGCUCCCUGCCCUCAUGGAGACUAUGGACUCUGAAGUCCAGGAGAUCACUGAGCAGAUCCACAGAUUGCUACUACAGCCGGUGCACAACACUAGCUCCAGUGGCUACGGUAGUGUGGAAAGCAACGACCACCUUGCAGCAUCUCAGGUGAUGACCAGCGAGGGCAGCCCAAGCAGGACACACAUCGAGGAGGGGGGGGAGAGCAGCUGGGCCAAACCUCAGAGGUCAUUCCAGGAGAUCUGUAAAGGUAUCCACCUCCAGAAGAGUCAGGAACAGCAGAUCUACCAAGCCUCCUCCUCAGCCAUGCCUGAGACCAAGAAGAGCCCUGGCAAGUUCCUCCAGAAGAGUCCAGCAGUGGUGCGUUCCAAGGAAUCUGCAGCCCCUGUGGCCCCUCUGAAUUGGAGGGACAGUGGGGUCAGUGCUGGGGUCAGUGGGCUGAGCCUGGAGGACAGCAGCAGCAGGACUGCAGUACAGGAGGAGCAGCUGGCCUUCAACGACCAGACGGUCUACUCCUACCAACAGAUCAGCUGUCUGGACAGUGUCAUCAGAUAUCUAGAGGGCUGUAAUGUUCCCAUCACUAUGAAGAGGAGGUGCCACUCUUCUGACAACACUAUGUCCUCAGAUGAGGACAAGCAGAAAGGAGGGGACAAUCCCAUGCAAUUAUCUGAAGAGAUCAUCGUAGAUGUAUCUGUGGCUCGGGUUGAGGUAGAGGGGGGCAGCCAGACUCCUGGGCCUCCCCCCAAUGCUGUUUCACCUCCCAGCCUGGAGAGGGAGCCCUAUAAGAAGCUCGGUCUGACCAAACAGGUCCUAGUAGCCCACACCGUGAAGGAGGAGCAGACCUUCCUGUGUCGCUUCAGGGAACAGAGGGGAGUCCAGGCCUUCCAGGCCAACUGUUCCCAAUACCUGGAGCGCCAGAAGGGACAGGGCGCCGCUGAUGCUCUGCCCACUGUGCACCCAUGCACGCAGGCCGAGCCCGCUGCCCGUCGAAGUGGGCGCAACAAGAAGACCAAGUCUAAGCGGGUGAAACAGAACGAGUCGUCCGACAGUUCCGUGUCUCAUAGGAGAAGACAGCCGCAGCCCCGACCCCACCUCCUCAACCAGGGCCUCAACCAGACCUCCUGGUCCCCCUCCAACACUUCCCAGUCCACUUUGCUGCCCCUGGCUUACCCCACCGUGGUGCCAGUCUACCCCCUCCAGGUCUACCCUGGGGCGGGCACCAUGGCUGGCACCAUGCCUACCCGCCCAGAGAAUUCAUUGGCAGGCUUUGGUGACUGCCAGGGCAACCAGGAUCCCCAGUGCCCGCCACCAAACAACCAGCCCUCGCCCUUCUCUACUCCCAUGGUGACCCCCGUGGUGGCUCUGGUUCUCCCCAGCUGCAUGUUCCCUCAAAUGGGAAGCGGGGCUCUAGGACAGCAGCCUUUCUACCAGGCCGAGAAAGCCGGCUACCCCUCUCAGUCACAGCCCUUCCACCCACAGACAUCCCUCACCUUACCUGCUCAUGUUCCUUUCCCGGCUCAGCCACAGGCCUUUCCCCUACUGACGGCCUUCCCGAUCCCCGCCCAGCCUUUCUCACUCUCCAUGCCCAUGGAGGCUCCCAAGCCACCUGGGGAAACCACCCAGUCUCGCUGCUCCCCGCAUGGGACCAUGGGCGGCAGGGACCAAGCGUCCUCCCCUCCACUGGUCCAAUCAUGGUGCAGCUCGCCCCUGCAGCUGGAGGAGAUGUGGUGCUCCCUGGAGAGACAGGACCGCAUGGUGGUGGUGCCCUCCGUUGGCACACAAGGGAAUAACGCCGUCAACAUGGAGGGAGGGAGCAUGGUCUGCCAAGCCAUGGAGAAAGUCAAGGAGCUUCAGCAGGUGGGUUCGCCGGGCAACGGUAACCAUAGCGACAUCAAUUCAUCAUCGAGUGACCUGCUGGACAUCCUGCUCCAUUCAGACUCUCGUUCAGGCACCAGCUCAGGCACUUCAGGGUCCAUGGGUUUCAGGUCUAAUGGCUGCGGAACCUCAGCUAGAACGUCUAACAGCAGAAUGUCUAAUAACAGCCGAACGUUGGGAUGUGGAACAUCAGCUAGCGGAGUAUCUGGCAGUGGCACAGUAAGCAGCAGCUACACAAGCAACAACAGCAGCAACUACUUUGGCACCGUGGACUCCUCCCAGAACAGCUGCCAGCAGGUCAAAGUGCACUCCAGUGGCGGGAGUGGUUGUAGCGCUAGCGAGCGGCGGCCAAUGGAGGUAGAGGAAAGCCAAUAUGACAAGUAUGUACUGCAGGAUCCGCCGUGGUUAGUCACCGCCAACGCUGACGACAAGGUCAUGCUGACCUAUCAGAUGCCCUCCCGGGGCAUCGACUGUGUGCUUAGGGAAGACCGAGAGAAGCUACGUGUGAUGCAGAAGAGCCAGCCGUGCUUCACCGGGGAGCAGCAGAUAGAACUGGGGGAGGUCCACCCCUGGAUGAGGAGAAGAGGGUUGCCCAAGGUCAUGGACGCCAAGUGUGGGCUGUGAGGAGGACACUCCAGAGGUGUUGUUGUCUGAGGAGCAGCCUGGCCUGGAUAUGGGAGACACAGAGACUGAGGAGGUCAGCCCCUACAGGAAGCCCGGCGAGGAGCCCUUUAACAUGGACACCUGUCCCUCUUCUGGCCUUGGAUCAUAACAGCCUACUUCCACCCCUGUUAAUUGUAGCAGCAUCACCUCCGCAAAAGGCUCAUUCUCAAGCAACAUCAAUUAUUUACCAAGUCCGACCCUCAGCUGUUCCAUACAAGACCAUUUUUUUUAUUUUACCAGGCAAGUCAGUUAAGAACAAGUUAUUAUUUAUAAUGACAGCCUACCGGGUGAACAGUGGGUUAACUGCCUUGUUCAGGGGCGGAAUGACAAGAUUUUUACCUUGUCAGCUUGAGGAUUCGAUCCAGCAACCUUUCGGUUACUGGCCCAACGCUCUAACCACUAGGCUACCUGCUGCCCCAUAUUAGACUGCCUAGUACCGCUUGAACCCUGCGGGUACAAACCUUUUCUACAACAAACUAAACUGUACUGAAAUUCUGCUACAGCCUGAGAGACCAGGGAACAUACAGACUGUUACACCCCACCUGGUCAAUUCAUUUUCUGUGUGUGUGUGUGUGUGUGUGUGUGUGUGUGUGUGUGUGUGUGUGUGUGUGUGUGUGAGGAAAAAGAAGAGUGAGUUAGUGUGUCCACACAGUUCAUGUUCUCAAUUGUUUUUUCACUUAUUGAAAUUAAUGUUUUCAUUGAAAACGUUUUGACCGUAGUAGUCUUGUAUUUGUGUUAAUUUAGAGCCCUGGGGCUAGCAUCAACAUUUUAACACUGAUGCUCCCAAUUUAAAGAAGUUAGGAGCACCACAUGAAAUGUAGGAGCACCAGAAUAUAUCAUGUUUUAUUGUAAUACAGCCUAUAUUGGGCCUAUACGAAUUCAAGGUACUUUUGAGGGACAUGAUUUUCCCUAGAAAAUAAUGUAAUAUGUAUAUAAGAUAUUAAUGUAUUGUAAAAGCUAAAAAUAUUUCACCUUUAUUUAACCAGGUAGGCCAGUUGAGAACAAGUUCUCAUUUAUCAACUGCACCCUGGCAAAAUGUUGAAAGGAAUAACUGUCAUCGAAAUUACAAAGUAAUGUGUGGAAUAUUAGGUUUCUACAUUGUGUAAAAGCACUAUUGAGAUGCAUUACAUUGAAAAUUGUAUACUGUCUCUUCAAAAACGGAAGAAGAUCUGACAUUCAUUAUUUUCUACUGUCACUGAUCUCCUGAAGCAGCUAUCCCUUUUCCUUUCUUUCUAUGCCCCCAAAUGUUUGGAUAUACUGGUAACGUUCCCAGGUUGUUAGCUAGCUAACCAAUGAGGUAACAUGACUGAAGUGUAAACAAAUGGAUAACGACAUGGUUUAUGAAUGUAAAAUGCGGUCCCAGCGACCCGCUAUAGGAAGAUAAAAAUGCUGCGCCGGUAAUAUGGUUCAGAUCUUUUGACGUAGGCCCGGUUUUCCAAAAUAAUCUUAAGACUUAAAUGAAUUGUUAGCACCAUGGCGCUUAAUGGUUCUAAUGAUGAAUUUAACGUUAAGAUGCUUUUGGGGAAACCCGAGGCACUGAUUGAAAUGGAAGCUUUCGCUGUGGUAAUGGUGCAACCAUGACUCUAAGGGCACUCGGGAAAAUACUUUAGAGCGAAGCAUUAUUACAUCAAUUUCUUCUCUUUCUUUUUUUCCUAGGCCCACAGUGCUCCCAAAAUAAAACUCCGGGUCACACAGCAAAAUAUUUUGUUCCAUAUCCAAUAUAUAACAUGAUGAUGUUGAUAUAUGUGUGUUGUUGAAAACACUUACAGGAUUUCUAGUCUAUUAUGUUGGCUGACUAAAAGGUGUGGCAGAAGAGGCUUGUAGAGAAGUUGCUUUCUGUUUCACCAGUUUCUUUCUAGCCUGUGGUUGAAUGUUCUCAUAGAGCCCUUUCCAGUACACCACACACUGACAUCAAGCACAGAUGUGCGUGACUCUUGACUGCAGUAAGAAAGCCAUCACCAUCUGUGCCCAUUCAACAUAGCCAUGGUUGACCUUUUUAGUACUUAUAACUUUAUUGGGUUCUCAUACACUUACAAUUUAUGUUUUAAUUCUAAAUGAACAGUCGCUAAGAUUUAUAUUUGGUUGUGAUCUUUGCAAAAUAAACAUUUUUGAUGCAGCAGUUGUUAGCUAGAAUGCUAACGCUCAUUGACAUAGGCUGUAGCAAAAGCUAAGCAAAGAGCCAUUUUACUGGUGGUGUUUUUAUUUUUUAAUAUAUUUUUUUACAUUUAAUGCAGUUUAUUUGCGAUGAGGACGCAAACAUAAUAUUAAACAGGACAUUCAUACGAGCCUUAAAAUCCAAACGUAGUGUGAAAUGCACUCAUAAGCAACAUGUACAUAGUAUUUUUUUUGCUGGCAUUCUAUAAGACAGACGUCCACCGUGUUCUGUCAUAAACUUACGCGCAUUGCUCUCAUGCGGCAAUGUUUGAGGAAAGAGUGUCCUAGGAUCAGCUUUCCCAAACACAACACUAAUCAUUUCCCCAGUCGGUAUGGUUACCGAGGAUAUAGGUUACCCUAUUAGACUCAGAGGGAAAACUUGACAUUUUUCAAACGCAAUUUUCUUGUCUACUUGUUUUAGUCAAUUACACUGACAUGCAGCCUUAGCUAAUGCAUUAACGUUACAUGUUUCAUCCCCUCUCGACUGAAAUUGUGUCUGAAGGGAUUUAACUACCUAGCUAGCUAAUAGCUACCACAGCCAGUUCAGCUCUAGCCUCUAUCUAUUGUAUCUGUCAGGUAGCAGUAUCUAACAACUGUUGUGUGUUUGGAAAUGUUUUGAACCCUUUGUUUUGUUCUGUUUCAACAGAAAUAAAUUGACUUGGGUAGUUUUCGGCAGUUGAUGUACCACCUGAGCUAGCCAAAGGUUGGCUAACGUUCGCUAGCUAACGAGCUCACUAACUUUAGCUAUUAUUUUUGCCUCAAUCACACUAGACCUGAAUCAAACGAUGAAACCAGCAGCCAAACAAUUGAAGGCCGAUAUUCUGAUGUUUUUUGAAAGUGCAAUGUGAACUUUUGUUAGUCAGUAGAGCAAUGUUACGUUAUUUAUGUCAGUUUCCUUAGCUAAUUCCCUACUUUUCUAUCUGGCCUGGUAUAAACAGCUCUAAUGUUACAGGCUUCACUGUCAUGGUGCACAGUGAGUACACAACACUCUGCUCAUCAUGUCUUAGCAGGAUCAGAUGGUGACAGGUGUCCCUGCAGGGUCAGACAGUCAGGGAAGACCAGUCUACGGAGCUCAGGCGAUUUUUUUUUUUGCAGUAUAUUAUAACCAGUGAAUGGAUACAACGUUCCAUCUUGAGGUGAUGGGUAGGCUAUAGUCUGGGACCUGGGAAUAAUGGUAAUUUCAAUGAUUGAACCAUUGAUACUAUUCUUGGACAAUAUAAUGUAUCAAGGUAUACCAAGGUCAUUCUUUGUCAUGCCUCAUCUGAGCAGGAUCAGGUGGUGACAGGGGUCUCAGCAGGGUCAGGCAACCAGAGAAGGCCAGUCUGUGACGACCCUCAGGUGAACUUUUGCAGAUGCUACACUUUAAAGGUGCAGCACAGUCAUUCUGAUGUCUGCAUUGGCCGUGCAGCAUUUACGGUGACACGGCCUCUGCAGAAGUCCAGGCGUUCAUACUUCUUGCGCUUCGCAGAGCUGUUGUGAAGGAAGUUGUCAAGGAAGUGAGUUUGUGUUUAUACAGGACCUCCCGCCCUCACCUACCGUCAACAAUCGUGUCAAUGCAGAGCUAUACGGAGCCAUCUGCAUUGUUACAACAUUUGAGAGGUGAACGGUGAUGCAGUGCAGAGCGCAAUUUGGCCUCUGCGUGCCUUCGGAGGCUUCGCAAUUGUGUCACACCAUCCAUACGGAGCCUCCGAACACAUUUUCGGACCAAGCAUAAUAUAUUGGCUCUUAUUCUCUCUGUGCAGCAAACACUGGACAAUCCAGAAGCUUGAAACUAUUUUAAGGGAGUCUGACAAAUUGAUAGAGGUUUUCCCAAUGACACUAAACAUGUCAAACAAAAAUGUGAGGAAGACCUGAGAGACACUAUUGAUGAUGAUGAUGAAUUGAUACAGAUAUGUUUGAAUGCCCCAGUCUAAAAUGUCUUUCUCGUCAUUAUUCACUCAUCAUUCAGGAUGAUCCGUAAUCAUUGUAGAAUCCACAUUAAUGUAGAAGUGUUUAGAAACAUAUUCUAUUCUUAUUUACAAUAAAAGUGACCCCAGAAGGGUCAUAUUGGAUUGUGUAGAAAUGCGGGAAAUGAGCUUUAGAUGAGCCCCCCUCCCCCCACAUACACACACCUAUUUCUAAAACCAAAGUUGUGCCCCUGCCUACAUGGACCCCGGGUCCCCACAUUUCCCCGUCUCCCACACCGAAUAGCCGGAAGCCACAGGGCUCUUCUCAUAGGCUUUAGUUCCUUACCUGGGAGCAUUGCAAACCCUGGGUCAGGAUUUUGUACCUGGUUACGUGUACACUGAACAACACAGCAUCUUUUCAGCAUUUUUGUUAUUUAACAAAAAAUCGACAACGAAGUUGUCUCUUUUAAAAUGAGGGUCGAUAUGAAAGUAUGUUGAUUUUCGUCAGUUUGUUGCGGUGGUCAAGGGGGAUUUCUUAUUAUUACCUGAAUACCGACUGGGACUGUAGCGUUAUCAGGCUUGCUGGCCUUGGAGCUGUAUAGCAAUCAAAGCACUUUUAUUUAUUUUUAUUUCACAUUUAUUCAACCAGGUAGGCCAGUUGAAAACAAGUUCUCAUUUACAGCUGCGUAGUUUAUUACACGGGCAUAAAGCAAUUGGAACAGAUGUCGAAGGCAUUUGUCAAGACUCCUGUCUAUUCUUCAAAUAUAAAGCAUAACAUUUAAAAAAUGUUUUUUUUUAAAUUUGCUAUUCUGUGUUGACAAUGUUUCAAAAUAAAAAUGAAAGAUUUCAAUAUA